AGUGAGUGAUAGAAUUUUGGCGAAGAUUUUUAUAUUUAUAGAUUAUAAUACCUAAAGUGUGAGUACCAUUUAAUUUUUUUUCAGAACGCCCUCUUAUAGUCUUUCAAACUAAAUUUGACAUACGCCAAUGGUUUCUUAUAACAAACACGCAGCCGCUAGUUGUAUGGUUCUAUAGGGAAAGCUACUUGCGAUUUAGUUCACAGGAAUACAGCCUAAGCAAUCAUCAUGAGUCGGUGCACCUAACUAACCACGCGAUUCAAAAGAAGUAUCCAAAUGGUAAAAGGGAUAAGAGACUGCCCAGUGAGAACAUGUGGGAUUGCUACUCGUUUCAGGCGUAUUUGCGUCAGAUUGGGAAAUACAAUAUGUGGUUGGAACGGAUUUAUCCAGGAAUGCGAAAAGCAAUAGUGGGUACCAUGUUGGCAUCUCAAGAAAAUAUGGAUAGACGGAUAAAUACGUUCGAGCUGUUUGGCGCGGAUUUUAUGAUAUGCGAGAACUUUUAUCCUUGGCUUAUUGAGAUUAACUCAAGUCCUGAUCUAGGUGCAACAACUAGCGUGACAGCACGUAUGUGCCCCAAGUGCCUUGAGGAUGUAGUUAAAGUGGUCGUGGACAGACGUUUGGAUCCUAAGUCUGAUUUGGGGAAUUUCGAAUUGGUCUAUCGGCAGGUGGUGCCCCCGACACCCGCCUACAUGGGCCUCAAUCUAUUUGUCAAGGGCAAACAGUUACUGCACAAGGUGAAUCAUGGCCAUAGUCAUUCUACCAGCUUAUACCAGCAACAGCGAAAGGAGCGUAGCCUUGCGACCAGCAGCGUAUUCCGGCAACGUUCCGCCAUCGUACCAGCAGCGACUGUAUCGCGCAUACAUCGCGCCAUGCCCACAUUUAACGCCACUGAGUAUAUAGAGAAGUACAUGAUAGAACCACUGAGCAGCAGCCGAAGUAGCAUCAACAGCACUCAGCAUCACCCUGAUGCUAUAAAAACAACAUUAGCCAAUUCGGCAUCCACAACCGCUUCAACCUACCCAUGUAUUUUAAAGCAGGCCGGGCAAUCUAUUACCCAACUGCUGAGUGACACACAUAAAAAAAGAAGAGACUUCGGCGCUUUACCACACAAACGACAACGUAGCUGUGGACCGCGUUUUAGUGCCAACCAAGUGGUCAGCAACGAAGCCAAAUUUAAAAUUCUUAUUAAGAAUUAUGGAGCUUCUAACGGAGCGGAUAAUUUGCUGGAAAAAUCAGACCCACCAAGUGCAUCAGUCCUUAGAGAUCGCAAAUGGCGAAGCUUACGUAAUGUAACAAACACCUCAACUAGCAUCUCCAAAACUAAGCCAGCUCAAACUGCACGGUUGAUGGACAGCAGUGGUAUAUGUUCGUUUAGAUUUGCACGCAGCAAAUCUGAAAUAGAGUACUCGUCUAAUAUACAUGCUGUCGGUCGAACCUUUGGUCGCAAGUCGAAUGGACUACGGCUACCUAUCAGCGUUUCGGUCCAAGCAUUACACCGUGGAGAACCCAUCUUAGCCGCUAUAAAGCAGGUCUCUGAAGCGAAGCUUUCUCAGCCGCAAAUUGCCAUCUCACCCAUUGCCGGGCAACAAACUGACCAUCUCAACGGCAACAAUACUUCAUGUAAAACACCUACUUGUUAAAUUAAGCCUACAAUAUAACUAUAUGGUGUUUCUGCUUAUUGCCAAUGAACCAAACAACACUUAUGUUAAAAGAUUUUGAUCUUUAAUCGAAUAUCAAAGCCUUUCCUAGCAGUAUGUUCUUCGUAAAAUCGGUUAUCGGUUUUUUAAAAAAAAGUAAUAAUUACAUCCACAGUUCCGAUUUUUCUAUGUAUAUUUGCGAUAAAAUUUAUUUUUCGUUAAGAACAUUCUUUGUUAAAUUAAAAAUUAUUUUAUUAAUUAUAUUGUGCAUACCGCAAUGUUCGUAAGGCUGUUUAUUCGUUGAAACACCUACAUCCCAACAGGUUUACGAAAUAUACAGCAGGGCUCCGGUUUUCACAUUCUCCCGUUUUCACUUUCACAAGAUUCUUUUGGUUUGCAAAACGAGUAAGUUUGUCUUGAAGAAAAGAAAAGUGAAAGCCUUUUUCUACAUUAAAUCGGAUCUUAUUUGCAAAAGGAAAAAAAAAGUUGACUCAUUGGUUUAUUGUCAUCCUUUUAAGAGCACCAGAAGAUCAAUUAGGCAUGUAAUUAUUUUUAAAACAGUUGUUUUUAGAAUUUCUGAUCCCACCUCAAAUUUGGAAAUAACAUUUUGCCGUCUUAUAUAAUAAAACGGAUGGCACUAAAUUUGUUGAUGUAAAAUUUGUU